AUGCAUCUCCUCUCCGAGGUCGAUAUUAGCUAUGUUCCCCCACCGUCCUUCCUUGUCGGCGUCACACCCUGCCACACACGCUUAACCUCGUCGACGUCGCCGUCCCCCACGCUUCCCCCCACCGUCGCCCGCGCUUCUUCCCGCUGUCGAUCACACUUCACUCCGUCGUUGACCACGCUCUUCCUCCCGUCACCCACGCUUCCCCCCACUGUCGCUUACGCUCCCACCCACUGUCGCUUUCACACUUUCCCCCACCGUCGCCCUCGCUUUCCGCCACCGUCGCUCACGCUUUCCCUUACCGCUGCUCACGCUCCCUCCUGCCUUCCCCCACGCUUCCCCACACCGUCGCUCGCGCCCUCCCCCACCUUCCCUCACGCUUCCCCGCACAUCACCCACGCUUUCCCCCACCGUCGCGCUCGCUUCCUCCCACCGUCGCCCACGCUUUCCCCCACCGUCGCCCACGCUUCAUCUCACCGUCGCCCACGCUUCCUCUCACCGUCGCCCACGCUUUCCCCCACCGUCGCCCACGCUUCCUCUCACCGUCGCCCACGCUUCCCCUCACUGUCGCCCAUGGCAGGUGGUGGUGCGGCUUUGGAGCAGAGUGUUGGGCGCACAGCCAGGGCAGCGCGUGCAGGCGGGCAGCAAGGAGUGCAGUGCUGCAGGGGGCUGUCGUCCUCCUCUCCCUCUCUCUUCCUCCCUUCCUCCAUCUAUCCCACACUCUCUGCCUCACUACCCUCUUUCCCCUUUCUGUUGCCCGUUCUCCCUCCCUUCCUCCCGCCCUCCCUUCCUGCCAUUCUCCCUCUCCUCAUCCUCCCUCGAUCCAGUCCCCCUUUCCCUUUCCAUCUCCCUCUCGCCCACUCCCUUCCUCACGCCAACCCUGCUCCUCCGUUCCACCCAUCCUCUCAUCCGCCCAUCCUCUCAUCCGCCCAUCCUCUCAUCCGCCCAUCCUCACUCCGUCGCCCUCACUGCCUCCCACUCUCCCUACACUCCCUCCCACCGUCACCCACGCUCCCCCCACACCCUUGUACCCUUCUUUCCUUCUCUCUGAUUCUCCCUUCUCCCCGUUCCUCCCUUAUACCCUGCCACACUUUUACCUCCCUCACUUUCUCCCAUCCGCCCUUCCUCCAAGCCUCCCUCCUCCCUACCACUCUCCCACCCACUCUUUCUUUCAUCCUCCUGCCUCUCCACCCUGCUGCCCUUUUUUUCAAGCUGCCAUCUUCCGAUAUUCCUAUCCUCCGCCUUUCUGUCUGA